AUGCCCUCCAACGAACAGUCUUUUCUUAAUUAUCCUCCAGCACUUGAGGGCCCAGAGGUGCCGUACAAAUAUGAAGACCAGGUCCUGCCGGUCUUCCGCGGCACGCCUCUAGCCAUCGGCGCUACAUUGAUCCAUAAUAUCGGAUUUAUCCAAAGCUAUUUCUGGCGCAAUGCUGGUUUUAGUGUUAUUCGUGAAAUCUCCCAUCUGGGCCAGUACGCCGGCCGCUAUGAUCCAACCGUCAUCCCGGUCGACAACACCAACCAGUCCGAGUCGGCGGCGAAAGCGAUGUCUGCUAUUGUCGAGCGCAGAAAGGGAGACCACGGGUACUAUACUUCUGCGGACUACCACGCGCUCUACUCGUCGGGGGAGCUGACCCCGACCACUGUCAUCGAGACGCUAUUGCCCCUGGUCCGACGUGAUACCCAGCCGCCCGGGAAACACUCAAUUGCCUUCCUUGAGUCUCAAGCCGAAUUGAUUCGUGCAGCAGCGGAAGAAUCUACGGAGCGAUACAAGAAGGGCCAAUCGUUGGGUCCACUCGACGGUGUGCCGGUCGCAGUGAAGGAUGAGGUGCACCUCACGGGGUAUAAGCGCACGCUAGGCUCAAAGCUGGAUUUCAAGCAUGGUACUGAUGCAACAUCAUGGUGUGUGAGGAAAUGGCUGGACGCCGGAGCUAUAGUCAUCGGGAAAACAUCCAUGCAUGAGAUUGGACUGGACACAAACAACAAUAAUCCCAACUAUGGAACACCUAGAAACCCCCACAAUAAGGAGUACUAUUGUGGCGGUUCCUCCGGUGGCUCCGGAUAUGCUGUCGGAGCGGGCCUUGUACCCAUUGCACUUGGCGCAGACGGCGGAGGCUCAAUUCGUAUCCCGUCGUCGUUUUGUGGUAUCUGGGGCCUGAAACCUUCGCAUGGCCGUGUGUCCGGUGCGCCAUCUCAAAGCCUUGCGCCCACUGUUGGUGUUAUCGGUCCUAUGGCUGCCAGCAUCGAUGACCUCGCUCUCGCCUAUCGCAUCAUGGCCACUCCGGCACCAGCCUCAGAAGACCCGAUUUCAUCGCAGUUCCCCUAUCCUUCUCCCCCGCACCCUGACACCAAAAGGACGAAGACAAUUGGUAUUGUCCGCGACUGGAUUGACCGCGCCGAGGGGCCUGUGCGCGCUGUAAUUGAUCGGGCGCUCGACUACUACCGCGAGCAAGGCUACGAUGUCAUCGAUAUCACAAUUCCUUACCUGCCCGAAGGCCAGCGUGCCCACGCUCUUACCAUCAUGGCGGAGAUCGCAUCUGGCGUUGAUGCAAGCAAGAUCCGACAGCUCACAGCCCCGAACAAGGUGCUUGUCUCCAUGGGCAUGUACCAGAUCACCGCACAGGACUUGCUCGCCUCCCAGCGGCUGCGCAAUCUCCUCAUGACGCAUCUUGCGCAUCUCUUCAAGACUCACCCCGGGCUGCUCAUCGUCUCGCCUACAACACCCAUCCCUGGAUGGCAUAUUGAUGGUGGUGAGGCGGACUUGUCUCGCGGUUUGUCAGAUGCCAAAUCAUCUGUGCGCAAUAUGGAAUAUGUUUGGCUGGCCAACUUUACUGGCUGCCCUUCUAUCAGUUGUCCUGCUGGUUACACCCCCGAUGGCGGUGUGCCUAUCGGUGUGAUGGCUAUGAGCGAAUGGGGUACUGAGGAAGAGCUGAUCGCCUUUGCUCGAGAUGGAGAGCCUAUUUUGGACCUUCCUAGUAGCAGUUCUUCGCUCGAGGAAAAUGAAAUUGCCUCGGCAAGCAAGGGCCUGCGGACUCCUUCUGACGACCUCUCUGUGUGGGAAGAUAUUAUCGCACAGGCCAAGAAGAAGACAUCCAACUAA